UUCUUCCUCUGUAAAUCCCAUUUAGUUUUAUUCUCUCUCUAAACACAUUCUUUGCUUCUUCCUUUAAAUCACGAGAUCCUCAUCUCUUUUCCUCUUUCUUCUCUCUCUCUCACUUUCUCUAUCUACAUGUCUUCUUCAACUCUUCCAUGUCUUUCCUUCUUCCUCCCUUCUAGAUGGUGUCCGUCUUAUAGUUUUAGCGGUAGACAUUGUUGAUAACCGCCGGUGGGGGACGAACAAGAAAAACAAAACAACAACAUUCCAUUCACAAAUACACACAAUUAAGAAUCCCCCACCAUCGAUUUCAUCAAAAUGUCUCAUCUUAACAACAACCCAGUUUCCAACCUAGGGUUAGAUGAAAUGUCAGAUAGAUUUCGCGAUUCGUUGACCACCUCUGAUAAGAACGAUAAUAAACCAGACUUCAGAGAACUGGAUCUGGGUUCACCUGUUUCACCUUUGCGUAACCGUCACAGAGCGUUAAUCAAUACUACAACCACCACCAGUAGUAGUUCGAGUUCGUCUGGAUCUGUUUCAGGUCGAAAUGCACCUUCCCAACCUCAGAGGAAAUCCGAUUCCGGUGAGCUAUCUGGGAUCUUAGAUAGCGGCGGCGGAGGAUCAUCACGAGGACUUAAAGGUCACGCGAGGUCCAGCUCGGCAAAUUCUUAUCCAUUGAUCUAUUCUGGUGGAAGUUCCGCUACUUCUCCUCUCAAUGUGCCACCGACCGGUAACAUUUGUCCAUCGGGGAGGAUUUUGAAGACUGGAAUGGCGAGUCGGAGUUCUAAACCUGAUGUUUUAGGUACUGGAUCGGGAAAUUACGGCCAUGGAAGUAUAAUCCGAGGUGGUGCCAGUCCAAAGCUUGGUGGCAUAGACUGUGCAGCCGAUGGAAUCGCUGCUAAUUCGAUGAAGAAGAAGAAGCUGUUAACAUCGUCUGCUCCUGAUCCGGAUGAGCUGAAAGAAGCAGGAAAUCAACAGUAUAAACAUGGUCAUUUGAUUGAGGCGUUGGGUUUGUAUGACCAAGCAAUUUCAAUGUCUCCUGGAAAUGCUACUUACAGAUUCAACAAAGCAGUAGCAUUGAUGGGUCUCAACAGGCUUGUAGCUGCGGUGAAAGAAUUUGAGGAAGCUAUUAAAUUGGAUUCAACAUAUGUCAAGGCACAUUAUCGAUUAGGAUCUCUUCUUCUUCGUUUAGGGCAGAUCGAAAGUGCCAGAAAACACAUAUGUUUUCCAGGACAGAAACCAGAGGAGACUGAGAUGAAGAAGUUGCAAGCAGUAGAGAUGCACUUAAACAAGUGUAAUGAUGCUCGAAAGGUUAGUGAUUGGAAAACCGCACUCAAGGAAUGCGAAUCCGCCAUUGCUGUAGGAGCUGAUUCUUGUUCUCUGCUAUACGCAUGUAAAGCAGAAGCUUUUCUGAAUCUUCACCUUCUUGACGAUGCCAAUUUAAACUUGGCAAACAUUUCAAACCUUGAACCCAUGUCAGCUUCUAGUUUAAGAUCCAAAAUUUUCGGGAUGUUGGCUGAAUCAUAUCUCCAUUUUGUCAGAGCCCAAAUUGAAAUGGCAUUUGGAAGGUUUGAGAAUGCAGUUAAAGAGGCUGAAAAGGCAGGACAGAUCGAUCCAAAAAACAUAGAAGUUUCUGUUCUUCUGACUAAUGUUCGUCUAGUCUCAAGAGCUCGAAUCCGCGGAAAUAAUCUCUUCAAAUCCGAAAGAUUCACAGAAGCUUGUUCUGCUUAUGGGGAAGGUCUUAGGCAUGAUCCUUCCAACUCAAUUCUCUAUUGCAAUCGAGCAGCCUGUUGGUAUAAGCUUGGAAUGUGGGAACGAUCAAUCGACGAUUGCAAUCAAGCUCUUUCAAUUCAACCGAAUUACACAAAAGCCCUUUUGAGAAAAGCUGCUUCAAACACCAAGCUUGAACGAUGGGUUGAAGCGAUAAGAGAUUACGAAGUAUUAAGGAGAGAACUUCCAGACGACAGUGAAGUAGCAGAAUCUCUUUUCCACGCACAAGUGGCCUUCAAGAAAUCCCGAGGAGAAGAAGUUCAUAAUCUGAAGUUUGGUGGAGAAGUUGAGGUUGUCACUAGUCUUGAACAUUUCAAGGCUUCUAUUUCAUUACCAGGUGCUUCCGUGGUUCAUUUCAAGACAGAAACGAAUAAAAAUUGCAGGCAGAUAGCCCCGUUUCUCGACACCUUAUCUGGACGCUACCCAUCAAUAAAUUUUCUCAAGGUUGACAUUGAGGAUACACCGGCUGUGGCAGUUAGCGAGAACGUGAGUAUAGUACCAACGGUGAAGAUCUACAGGAAUGGUAGCCGUGUUAAAGAAAUAAUAUCUCCGAGUCAAGAGUUUUUGGAGUCCUCAGUUAGGCAUUACAGUUUCUGAAAAUACAAAAAAAAAAAAAUCACCAAUAUCUUCAUUUUCUUGCUGGUUGGUCUUGAUUCUUCUCAAUGUUAGAGAUGAACUUGCUUACCACUACCACCACCACCACCGUCUCCAUGACUAAAAAUUCGAUUCAUUCGUUCGUAAAUGCACCCACUAUUCCUUGCAUCCUCCUCCUCCCCGCGAAAGAAGUUGGAUUGUAGAUGGUUUUUAGAGAAGAAGAAGAAGAAGGGCAUGUACAGACAGAACAACAGAUGAUGAUUUUAUUAUACAGGGAAAAUUUGGAGGAGGAUGAUGAUGAUAUGUUUGGUGAGUAGAAUGGAUGAACAUUAUUAUUAUUAUUAUUAUUAUUAUUGAUUGUUGUUUUAAAUUCUAAUGGGUAUCUAUCUAUUUAGUUAAAUGUUUGAAACAAUUUAAAAGUUAAUUAUUCUUGUGCAAAUA